AAAUAGCUCUGUAGUGCAUAGGAGAAGAGCUGAUUGUAUAACGUUUUUAAACUGUUCAUCGCUCAAGCUAUUUUGGAGAACGCCAUACUCUGUCAAUUUGCUUAUGACAGUGAUGCAAUUACAAAAUCCAUGUAAUUUGAGUGUUUCAAAUGUUGGAUUUUAAACACUUUCGACUGUUUUGGAAACACAUUUUUUUAAAUUUAAGCAAAGCACAUCGGAGCGCCCAAAAAGAGAAGGGAGGGGGGCAAGAAAACGCCCUGUUGCUGAAUCUUCUUAAAAUUCUAACUUAAUCGCGGUGUGGAUCACAGAGAGCAGUCAUAUGGAAUAUGGUACUAUAAAUGUCUAUCUUGAUUUGCGUUCAACUAAAUCUCCGGACUAAUUGGCAAGUUUGCGGAGCUGCGCUUCUCCGUUUAUGGUGGAUUAUAAUUUUUUUCUACAUUGUGGAUUCUGCAAUUCCGAGGCGAUUAUAGAAGGAGGCUGCUAGGCCCACGGCCAUUGCCCAAGAACAAAAAGACUUUUCCCCAUGUAAACCCAAACAGUUCUCAUAAGGCUCGUCUUAUAUGUAAAAGAAACGGGCAUUUAUCAAUCGCAAAAAUGUCACUUGGUGCAGAGAGAAGGAUGGAAAACCGGUUGAAAAAGCUGGAGGCCAUGAUCAAAGAUCCAAGAUCUGCGAUAAACUUGGAAAGUUUACUCGAUUCUAUCAAUGCCUUCGUUCUAGAUCUAGACUACCCUGCCCUACGGAAAAACAAAAAUGUAGAAACCUUUUUAAACAGAUAUGAGAAGGUGAUGGGGCACCUACGGGACUUUCAGAUGAAGUCUGAGGACUUUGACAGGGUGAAGGUGAUCGGCAGAGGGGCGUUUGGGGAGGUUCAGCUGGUUCGACACAAAGCCUCUCAGAAAGUGUACGCCAUGAAGCUGCUGAGCAAGUUUGAGAUGAUAAAACGCUCAGACUCAGCCUUUUUCUGGGAGGAGAGGGAUAUUAUGGCCUUCGCCAACAGUCCCUGGGUUGUACAAUUGUGCUGUGCCUUCCAAGACGACCGUUACCUCUACAUGGUGAUGGAGUACAUGCCUGGAGGGGACCUGGUGAACCUCACCAGUACCUACGAUAUGCCUGAGAAGUGGGCCCGGUUCUACACGGCCGAGGUGGUCAUGGCACUGGAUGCCAUCCACUCCCUGGGCUUCAUCCACCGCGACGUCAAGCCUGACAACAUGCUCCUGGACCACCACGGACACCUCAAACUGGCCGACUUCGGAACCUGCAUGAAGAUGGACUCUACUGGGAUGGUGCACUGUGACACAGCGGUUGGCACUCCAGACUACAUCUCUCCUGAGGUUCUAAAGUCGCAGGGUGGAGAUGGUUACUACGGACGGGAGUGUGACUGGUGGUCUGUAGGGGUCUUCAUCUUCGAGAUGCUAGUCGGUGACACACCAUUCUAUGCCGACUCUCUUGUUGGAACAUACAGCAAGAUCAUGGAUCACAAGAAUUCCCUCAACUUUCCAGAUGAUGUAGAGAUCUCCAAAGACGCCAAAAACCUCAUCUGUGCCUUCCUGACAGACAGGGAGGUGCGACUGGGCCGCAACGGGGUGGAGGAGAUCAAACGACACCCCUUUUUCAAGAAUGACCAAUGGAACUUCGACAGCAUCAGAAACACGGCGGCUCCUGUGGUUCCAGAGUUGAGCAGUGACAUUGACACUAGCAACUUUGAUGAGAUAGAAGAUGACAAGGGUGACGUGGAGACCUUCCCUACUCCUAAGGCUUUUGUGGGAAACCAGCUUCCUUUCGUCGGCUUCACAUACUUCAAGGAAGACCAGUUACUAAGCGGUGUGAAUAACUCUACAGUUGUGACCGUGAACUCAACAGCCUUAAAAGGAGAGUCGGCCAAGCUACAGAAGAAACUGCACCAGCUGGAAGAGCAGCUCAAUAAUGAGAUGCAGACCAAAGAUGAGCUGGAGCACAAGUGCAGAACUUCCACCAGUCGUCUAGAGAAAAUCUCCAAAGAACUUGAUGAAGAGACGAGUAGCAGAAAGGCUCUGGAGUCGAGUCUGAGGCAGCUGGAGAGAGAGAAGGCUCUACUGCAGCACAAGACUGUGGAGAGCCACCGCAAGGCCGAAAGCGAGGCCGACCGGAAACGCUGCCUGGAGAACGAGGUCAACAGCCUCCGAGACCAGCUGGACGAUAUGAAGAAAAGAAAUCAGAACUCGCACAUAUCCAACGAGAAGAACAUUCACUUACAAAGACAGCUGGACGAGGCCAAUGCUCUAUUGCGUGCGGAGCAGGAGGCGGCUACGCGGCUGAGAAAGGCCCAGACGGAGGCAGGCAAGCAGCUGCAGGCUCUGGAGGCCGGGGGCAGAGAGCUGCAGGACAAGUGCUGCCUGCUGGAGCGCUCCAAGCUCACUCUGGAGAAGGAGUGUAUCGGGCUGCAGGCAGCACUGGAGGCUGAGAGGAGAGAGCACAGCCAGGGUUCAGAGACCAUCGCAGACAUGCAGGGGCGAAUCUCAGGGCUGGAGGAUGAGGUACGGCAGGUGAGACAAGCCCUAUCCAAAGCAGAGACAGAGAAGAGACUACUACAGGAGAAACUCACCGACCUGGAGAAGGAGAAGAGCAGCAAGGAGAUAGACAUGACGUACAAGCUGAAGGUGUUGCAGCAGGGGCUGGAGCAGGAGGAGGCGUCGCACAAAGCCACCAAGGCACGGCUCGCAGACAAGAGCAAGAUUGAGUCGAUCGAGGGUGCCAAGUCUGAGGCCAUGAAGGGUAAGGCCCUUCCUGAGUUAUCAGACAUGGAGCAGAAGCUACAGGAGGAGAGGGCGUCCAAGCUGCGUGUGGAGAACAGGAUGUUGGAGCUGGAGAAACACAGCAGCAUGCUGGAUUGUGACUACAAGCAGUCCCUACAGAAACUGGAUGAGCUCCGCAGGCACAAGGAGAGGCUCACCGAGGAGGUGAAGAACCUGACUUUGAAGAUCGAGCAGGAGACCCAGAAGCGCAGUCUGACCCAGAAUGACCUGAAGGCCCAGAACCAGCAGCUCAACACCCUGAGGACCUCUGAGAAGCAGCUGAAACAGGAGGCUAACCACCUGCUGGAAAUCAGACGCAGCCUGGAGAAACAAAACCAGGAGCUACGCAAAGAAAGGCAGGACUCGGACGGCCAAAUGAAGGAACUUCAGGACCAGCUAGAGGCUGAGCAGUAUUUUUCGACGCUGUAUAAGACCCAGGUGCGGGAGUUGAAGGAGGAAUGCGAAGAGAAGAGCAAGCUCUACAAGGACAUGCAGCAAUCCCUUCAGGAGUUACAAGAGGAGAGGGACUCCCUGGCGGCGCAGCUGGAGAUCACGCUGACCAAGGCGGACUCGGAGCAGCUGGCUCGCUCCAUCGCUGAGGAGCAGUACUCCGACCUGGAGAAGGAGAAAAUCAUGAAGGAGCUGGAGCUCAAGGAGAUGAUGGCUCGGCACAAGCAGGAGCUGGUCGAGAAGGACAUUACCAUUGGCUCGCUGGAGGAGGCCAACCGAACCCUCACUAGCGAUGUGGCCAACUUAGCCAAUGAGAAAGAGGAGCUCAACAACAAACUCAAGGAGACACUUGAAGAGCUGCAGACGUCCAAGGAUGAUGAGCAGCAGAUGAGCCAGAUGAAGCUCACGUUUGAGAAGCAGCUCCAGUCAGAGAGAACACUGAAGACCCAGGCUGUGAACAAGCUGGCGGAGAUCAUGAACAGGAAGGAGGUACGUGCAGCAGGCAGUCGGCGCGGCAACGACACUGAUGUGCGCAGGAAGGAGAAGGAGAACAGGAAGUUGCAGCUGGAGCUGAGGUCAGAGAAGGAGAAACUCAACUCCACCAUCAUCAAGUACCAAAGAGAGAUCAACGACAUGCAGGCGCAAAUAGCAGAUGAGAGUCAGGUACGCAUCGAGCUGCAGAUGGCCCUGGACAGUAAGGACAGUGACAUAGAGCAGCUACAUAACCUCCUCAGCUCCGCCAACGUCUCCUCCCUAGAAUCAGCCAGCCUCAGCAGUGGACCAGACUUUGACGCGGAUGAUGCCUACACAGAAAUGAGACUAGCGGGAUGGCUCUCGCUGCCUGUGAGGAACAACACCAAGAAGUUUGGAUGGGAGAGAAAGUAUGUGGUUGUGAGCAGCAAGAAGAUUCUGUUCUAUAACAGCGAACAGGACAAAGAGCUAUCCAACCCCUACAUGGUGCUGGAUAUUGAUAAACUCUUCCAUGUGCGGCCUGUCACUCAAACAGACGUUUACCGUGCUGAUGCCAAAGAGAUCCCCAGAAUAUUCCAGAUUCUGUAUGCCAAUGAGGGAGAGUGUAAGAAGGAGCCAGAGUUCCCAGUGGAGCUGGCCAGUGGAGAGAAGUCCAGCUACAUCUGCCACAAGGGCCACGAGUUCAUCCCUACGCUCUACCACUUCCCCACCAACUGUGAGGCGUGCACCAAGCCCCUGUGGAACAUGUUUAAGCCUCCGCCCGCCCUGGAGUGCAGGCGCUGCCACAUCAAGUGCCACAAGGACCACAUGGACAAGAAGGAGGAGAUCAUCGCGCCCUGCAGAGUGAACUAUGACGUGUCCACGGCCAAGAACCUGCUGCUGCUGGCCGUGUCUCAGGAGGAACAACAGAAGUGGGUGGGACGUCUGGUCAAGAAAAUCCCCAAGAAGCCCCCGGCCCCCGAGCACUUUGCCCGCUCCUCGCCCCGUUCCUCCAUGAAGGUCCAGCCCAGCCAGUCCAUGAGGCGGCCCAGCAGACAGCUGCCCCCCAGCAAGAGCAGUUAACCUUACUUGGGAAUGUGGUUCAGGAUCGAGGUGGUGGGUGUUUCCUCCUAACACGCAAUCAAAAGACUGAUAACAAACAAUGUUCCACUUGGCAUUUCCUCCUUGCACAACUUUGAUUCCACUUCACUCUUCCAGAAGACUUCUCUUCCCAUUUCCACCUUGAUAGUCCUAUAGUAUUUGGCCUUGUCGAAUUAUAAGUUAUGUCCAGUCACUUCAACUGCUAGUCACCCAUGAACGAUGUGCCAACACACCUACCUGUCGUCUGUGUGCAUAUGAAGAGCAACUUCUCUCCAGGUUCCUUUAGGAGAGGGGCGGUUGGAUUUCAAGGCCAUGGGAAGGGGUUUGGCUUUGGGCUUUGUGUAUCCCGAUGUUCACUCAACACAGAACAAUAGCCUCAAUUACGCCAAACAGAGGGUUGAAGCACUUACCUUGACAACACUUAACCAGAAAUCCUCAUUGGAAAGCAGAGAUCAAGAGAUAAGCGAUUUGAGGUGCUCUGCCAACCUGAAUGCUUGUGGCCGAGGCAAAGACAUUUUAAUAAUACAGUUUACAAUUACAAGCCAUCAUAAGUAUCUACUGCAGAACACUACGCCCACAAGAGAAUAAUACUGUAAACUGGUAGGUGGAUAGAGCUGAAGUUCAGAUGCUAACACUGACCUUAUAGCACUUCACCCUGGCAUUGCCUUAAUGUACUUACCACGCAGCAUGACAAUUAUUAGAGGGAAAUGUUUACUGCACCAGCUGAAUGCAAUGGUGCACCAUUAUGCAGCAUUAAUAUCAUAGCUUGACUCCUUCAUUGUUUGAAUGUACGUCUGGGCAAACCAGAGAUGAAACACAAGCAUUGUAUUACUUAGAAAUGAUGCUGUUUAUUUUCUAUUCAAAAUCUACUUGAUGACCCCUCCACCAUCUUCUGUGUGAUGUUGCAUGUGUUUUACGUUUUGCCCCUAAGGCCUCAGUGUUGUUGACUACAUGUCUUUCCUUUGGUGAAUGCACCCGUAGUAAGAAUGUUUUUUAUUCCUGUGAACAAGUGGGGGGAAAUCGAAAGUUUACUUAUUUUUGUUGAAAAAAAAAAAAGAAGGAAAAGUUUCUGCAAAUGUAUUCACAAGCUGAAAGUAUUGAACAGUAACAUGCAAUAGAAGCUUUUUGAAUGUUUUUCUCAGAUAUUUUUGUAAAGAAUUCCUCUUUUGGCACGUUGUGUGUAUCUGGCUCAUAUUACAGAUGGAGAGUGAUGGUGUGCUUUGAGUGCUCUCCUUUAUCCAAGAAGCUUCUGAAAAGCACGUUUUAUACAUAUAAAUAUACACGGUAUAUAUUUUACAUGACGACAUACAGUGCACAUUGUAUUAUUUAUACUGCCUUGUCCACUUUGUAUUUAAAGGCGCAUCAUCCAGACUGCAUGUUUGAUAUUGCUAGAGUAAAGUUCAUGAUAACCUGUUGAACAAUAAAGAAAUGUAUGUGCCUUCUGGUUUA